AUGGUUGGAUUUAAUAGCGAAAAUAGAAAUGCAAUUGAUGUAAAGUACAUCUGUCAAAUAUGCAAUCUAAUUCUACGAAAUCCUGUUCAACUAGAUUGUGGUCAUCGCUUUUGUCGAUCAUGUCUAGAUACUGAAUACAAAGCAUUCGUUACAUGCCAUCAAUGUCCAAAGAUUACGCGUACCAACGAUAUAUUUUAUGAUCGAGGCAUACAAAAUGAUAUGAAAAAUUUACAUAUCAAUUGCUAUGUUUGUCAUUGGAAUGGUCUAUUUAAGAACUAUAAAGAACAUUUGACUAAAUAUCCUUUCAAUACAUCACAUAAACCAAAAAUUAAAAAUAAUAUAAUGUUGCAACUAAAACUAUUGACUGAAAAACUCCACGAAUUAUCGAACAAUGUACAAAUAUUAAAAGCGAUUACACAGCAACUUGUAAAUCAAUCAGCAUUAUAUCAACUAGGUACUGAAGAAAAAAUUCUUUCAGUAGAAAAUACUCAUCAGAAUCAAAAUGAUGUCAGUUCUCACAAUGGCAUAUUAUUAUGGAGAAUUAAUAACAUUAAAGAUCGUUCAAAUAACUCUGAAUCUGUGACAUCACCACCAUUUUACACUUCACCGGAUGGUUACAAACUGUGUGUGCGUCUCCAUUUUAAUGGUAAUGGCAUUGGUCAAUCAACUUAUUCGUCGAUUUUUAUUGUCUUAAUGCGCGGUGAUUAUGAUGCAAUACUUGAUUGGCCAUUCAAUUAUCAAGUGAUAUUUUGUCUUUAUAAUUUAAUUAAUCAAGACAAUCAUAUAAUUGAAUCAUUUCAAUCUGAUAUCAACUUGAAAGCCUUUCAAAAACCACAAUCUGAUAUGAAUGUUGGAUGUGGAAUUUCUAAAUUUAUUCCACGAGCAUUGCUUGAACAAGAGAAUAGUUCUUUUAUUCACGAUGAUUCUAUUUAUAUUAAGGUGAUGAUUAGAAGUCAUCCUAUAGCGAAUUUCAUAUUACCUUAUGUUAUGAAGAUUGAUCUGGCAUGGCCAAUACAUAUACAAGAAGAAAUUAUUCAAGAACUAAUUCAAAAAUAUCCUAUGCAAUCAUUUAAACUUAGUUUAACAUUUAAAUCGUCAACUCUAUGA